CCAGAGAGCGCGGGUUGGUCCGGGUGCCGAGCGGCCCGGGGCAGCAAACGGAAGGGUACCGCUGCCCUGGGAGUCGCUGAAGAGCUGGCGAGCGUGCGGGUUUUCCCAGCUAUGCCAGCUAACUGAUUCAAAAUAUCAAUUAGUUAUUUUCCAGCUGAUCACCGUAUUUCAAUAUACAGUGUUGUAUAUGUGAUAUAGCCCACUAUGCAUUGACGCCGGCUCAGGAGCUACACCCGAGCCCCGACACGGAGGGGGCUGAGGCCGGCAGCCCCCCCGGGUUCCUGCAGCUCCCCGCGGGAAGGGGCUUCUGCUGGAGGGGCACCUGCGAGCGGCAACAUCCAGCGGGAACAGCACCAGCACUGCGCCGGGGAAAUGGGUGACGGGUGACAAACUGGGCUCGUUCGGUCCAGCAAAAGCACAGCGAGGCACGGAAAUAGUUUGUCUUAACGUAAAUGCGCAUUUUGGCUUUUGUGUGUGCGUGUGCUCUCUGUGGGAAGGAUGGGAAGAGACUGACUUUGCAGUGAGGAACUCUUCCCUGCCAGAGGUGGAACAGGCACCAGGCAAUCUUCUAAAGUGGAUUUAUUUUUUUUUAAAUAACUGAGAUAAAUAUUUGUCACAUAUUGCUUUAGCUGGUUCUGAGCGUCUCAGAUACUCUUUUCUGUCUAUGGUUUUAUGCUUCUGCCAGGUGCAUCUGAAAAAAAGUCAGACCUAUACAUGCAGACACAUAACAAAUACUGGAAUGUCUAAUUAAAUGUCUUACAUAUUUAAAAGUCUUUUGAUAAACAACAGCAUUUGCUAAGAUUAAAGAUGAAGAUUUUAAAAAGCCCUCAAUAAUAUUUAACAUGUUGAAGAGGUAACAGAUGAAGGAGGCAAUUUUUGAAGCAAGAACAACAGCUUUAACAUCUCUAAAUGCUUGCUAGAUGUUUCCAUCAAUGUAAAUUAAUUUUCCCCAGGCCGAGUGCUGGCAAACGAGCAUGUGUUUCUGCCUGGCCUGCACCAGGGCGUGUUCGGUGACACUGAUACCUGCUGGCGGGGCAUUUGUGGUCCUGACUGCACAGCCAUAGGAUAUUUAAUGUGUAAAGCUGAAUAGACUUCACCUGCGCUAAUAAGGGAAGUCGUCUUGGAGAUCUUUGGGUGGAAAUCCCUGGAAAUCCGAGUACCAGGAGGGCCUUCAGUCCCAUCCCACACCUCUGAAAACCGGAGCUACCUUUGCCCGGGAGCUCGCCCGGAACUGAUGGAUUUGUCCCGGGAGGCUCAGAUACGCGAAGAGCUUAGUUAACAUGAAGAUGGAGGACUAUGAAAUAUUCUGUAAGAAGCAUCUUUCCAGAAUCCAAGAAGAGGCAAUAAAAAGAGAGACCUCUUUCACUGUUCAGCACAAAAAUAUCUCCCUCAUUCAAUUCCAUGGAGUCCCUGUGCUUUCCCCUCUGCUCAGCCUUGAAAAGAAAAAGGAAAUACAGGAAUAUAAACAGAAAGCACUGGAUCUAGAGACCUGGAGACAGAACUCUCGGAAAAGAGCUUUAUUGAGUCGUGUACAGGAGAUUCUAGAAAAUGUUCAGAUCAGGAAUGGACCUAGCGUGAGUGAUGUGAACGUGCAGGAAGCUGAGAAUACUUGCCCUGAUUCAGAUUCAAAUGCGUCGACUGACUUCACAGCUCUCUCAGAUGCCAGUUUGGCAUGUUGUCCUGAAAAGCAUGGUUCCACAGAGCUUGAAAAGACACCAGAACUUAUGCCAUUAGAUACUGCUGGGCAGGGGACAUCAAAUGUGACGGAAGUAGUUAAAGCAGCAAAAGAAAAUGUUUUGUCGAAACAAAAUGAGAGUUACCUCUCAAAAGACAUCCCUUGUCCAAGGGCUGUGUCUCCUGACAACGUGCACAAUAAGCUUGCAUCACAUGCUUUGCAAAAGCAAGAGGGACUGGGAGUGCUACCGUCGGAUGGGGAAGUCCAAGAUCCAUAUGUAAUGAGUCUUCAGAACCUGAUGAAGAAAUCUAGGGAGUACAUAGAGAAAGAGCAAAGCAAGCGUAGCUCAAAAAGUAAUUCAAAGAGGAGCAUGAGUGAAAGUCAUUCGGAUAAAGAAAAUGAUAGCGUUAAAACAACUGACUCCAUGAAAGAAAGAGGAAAGCUUACAGGCAGAAGUUGCACUGCUCUGACGCUUGAUAAACCCAGUCUUAAUAAAUCGAAUACCCUUCUCCAAGGUGCCUCUACUCAUACAAAUCACACAAGUAUGUCAACUUUAUCCAGUUUUUCUAAAGUGGACAUACCUAUGAGAGUUGGAACACCUCCACUGGUAGAUUCGGAUUCAGAUGAAGAAUUUAAAAAGACUUCAAUGUUUGAUCGUGACAGUAGCAUUGUCAGGAGCCUCACAGGCUCUUACGCCAAAUUGCCGAGCCCAGAGCCAAGCAUGAGCCCUAAGAUGCACCGAAGGCGCCCAAGACCUUUAUCAAUGGGACACAUCGUUAUAAAUAACCCUGUGAAUGCUUAUGAGUUAAGUCCUAAAGGCAAGGGUAGAGCAAUGGAUUUAAUCAUGCAAGAUAUCGCAGAUAAAAAUAACGUGUCAGAAACAGUGCCGAAGUUCAUGGUGGACUUCACUAUGCUUUGCCCUGGCAGAGUUCCUGGUGUCAGCAGGAAUUCUUCAGGCCCUUGUGAUGGGUUGGGGGCUGGCAAACCGAAUCGCCAUUCCUUUGGGCACUUGGAAAGCAAAGGAACGUUGUCGGCUACUGUGGAAGGACAGGUAGUGAUGGACAGCAGAGGGCCAUAUAAAGUAGAGACUAGCACUAAUAUUGUAGCCCCAAAACUGAAUGAGCCAUUUGCCAUCAGUCAGUCUACAGUAACACAGAAGCUCCUAGCUGUGAAUGAAACCAAACCGUCUAGUUUGCUAGAAAAUAAUAAAUGUAAUUCUCCAGUAGAACUCAAUAAAUCUUACGACGUAGAAAACCCAUCCCCGCUACUAAUGCAGAGCAAGAGUAUGCGACAGCAGAUGGACACUCCAAGUGUUUCCCCAGCAAACGAGCACUUUCUAGAAAGUAGUUUUGAAAAGGUAAAAUGUAGACUUGAUUUGGACACCGACAACUGCCAAAAAGAAAACAGUCCCUGUGUUUUAACAGUUGGAAUGGAAGAACAAGAGAAGCAGUGGUUGCAAGAACAGAAAUAUCCUGUGGGAUCGGUUUACAUUACCAAGAAUGCAGCCCCUGACAGUAUGGCAAAAGAAGAUAUUUUAAAAACUAAAAUGUUGGCCUUUGAAGAAAUGAGAAAGAGACUUGAAGAACAGCAUGCACAACAAUUGUCGAUUCUGAUAGCUGAACAAGAGAGAGAACAGGAGAAAUUGCAGAAGGAACUGGAAGAGCAGGAGAGAAAGCUGAAAGGAAAGAAGGUCGCUACAACGGAAAUAGAAAUUUCCAAAGUGAAUAUCAACAGUAGGAUGGAGUUGGAGUGGAGGAAAAAAAGCGAAAGUGGCUUGCUGGAAAGUGUGCAGUCUCAGCUGGAGACAGUCCAUAAUGCAAACGCUACCAGCAUUGGUUUUGCUCAUACUACGACACCUAACACCUUUGCUUCAACAAGUGAAACUUCAUUCUUUCUCUGGGGACCAUCAGGUAGUGGAGUUAUAAAAACCUCAGUAUCUAGGCCGAGUAACAGGAUCAAAACUAGGUGGACUCAGGUUUUCAGUCCAGAGAUACAAAUGAAGUUUGAUAAAAUCACUGCUGUGGCAAAGGGGUUUCUCACUCGUAGACUCCUGCAGACAGAAAAACUGAAACAUCUUAAGCAAACUGUAAAAGAUACUAUGGAGUUCAUAAAAAAUUUUCAGUCCGAAGCCCCAUUAAAAAGAGGAAGUGUUUCAGCACAAGAUGCAUCCCUUCAUGAAAGAGUAAUGGCUCAGCUGCGAGCUGCUCUGUAUGACAUCCAUGACAUCUUUUUUACUAUGGAGGCAUCGGAAAGAAUGAAUAUUCUGCAUCAUGAUCGUGAAGUUCGUAAAGAGAAGAUGCUCAGGCAAAUGGAUAAAAUAAAGAGCCCAAGAGAGAGGGCGACGCUUUCAACAGCUACGCAGAAAUCUCUGGACAGGAAGAAGUAUAUGAAGGCUUCAGAAAUGGGAAUGCCAAGUAAAAAGAUAAUCAUAAAACAAAAAACUCCUGAAAAUCGCGUACUUCAGCCAAAUCAAGGACAGAAUGCCCCGGUUCACAGACUGCUUUGCAGGCAAGGAACCCCUAAGACCUCAGUGAAGGGGGUUGAGCAAAAUAGAAAGAAGGCCCCAGAGAGCAGAGUGUCUAACAAGGCUGUUUCAGGAGCAUAUGCAGGAAGAACCCAAAGAAAGAAGCCAAAUGUUGUGACAAUUUAAGACGACAACACUCUCUGGGAUAAAAUGGCUAUUUUUUAAUGAUGGCAUUCUCAGCACUGAUUCAAAUAUUGCAUCUUCUAUAUGUAUAUUUAGACAUGACACUUUGACGUUUCCAGAUGACACAUUAAUAGAAUUAUAUUGAAGUAAUAAAGGGCUGCGAAGCUCUAAUACUUGUGGAAAAAUUGCAUGUUAAAACUUAGCCUAUAUUCAUACUACUGUGUACACAUAAGAUUCAUGAUCUUGUUUAUUUAAAGAUCACCAUAGGGCAACAUUAAGGUCAUUUGUGACUUUUUCAAACUCUAAUUCUUGUGUCUGACAUGUGCUUUUUGCAUUACUUAAAAUUGCAAUUUCUGUGUAUGAUUGCCACCAUAAAAAAGUCGUGUAUAUAUUUUUAGUUUCAUACCAUAAAGUUAAAGCAGUUAAAUAAGAAAAAACCCCCAACUUAAUUCAAACAAAACUGAGCUCUUACAUCAGUGAAUUGUUCAGCAGCCUUUUUGAAUGUACUUUCUGUACAAAUGCGAUUACCUCAAUUUAAACACUAAUGGCCCAAAUGUUUUGCAUUUCUGCCAAGUUGGACAGACAUGGAUCCAGAUUAAGUGCUGGGCAGACAGAAGUACUUUUGAUGACUAUACCGAAAUUGUGCAUUUAUACCCGUGGUAGAUCAAAUCACUGUGCUGGAAGAGUCCUAGGAUUUUUUUUCCUUGCUGUCUACUGCAUUUUCUUGGAAAUAACUUUUGGCCAAGAUGAAGAGAAGUGUAUGUUCUACAAAAAUUUCAGAAGGCAAGAUUUUAAUUGUUUUACCAUUUCAGACUGACAAAUGAUUGUCCAUAAUAAUAAUUCAGAUAUGUUUUUUUGAUGACAGUUGCAAUUUUUCUAGGCAAUUUCUUUUCUACUGUGAUCUAACAGGCGCUCAUACCAAAAUCAUGAUUUCGGGGGAAAAAAAUUCCCUAUCUAAGCCCAACAAACACACUCUCAUAUUUAUUAACAUCCAACAUUAAAAGAUCAUGCUUAUAUUUUGCCUUGGUCUUCCUACUGAUGGAUAUUGCCCUUCAACUUGAGGGGAGCAGAAUUUUCUAACUUCUGUCUUUCAAUGAACUUGAGACAUGAUGUUAACACUCGAAGUCCAAAAGAGAAAAGCUUGGCAGUAUGUCUUUGCAGUGCUUACUGGUUUGCCCUGCAAUGGUACUAGUAGAACUGACUGCCGGAAUAUUUUGUUGCUUUCCCAGUAUCGAUGCAAUAUGACACCCCAACUUUGGAGGCUUUGUAACACGUUGGCACGGAUAUAAGAGAAAAAAGACUGACCAAAAAUUUAAUUGUGUUAAAUAGCAUGAAAGAGGAACAUUAAUUGCGGGACAAGGAGAAUAUCUUCAUAGGCAGUGAUGAGUGAAUUGGCUUGCUUGUGGCACUUUCAUCUGCCACCAGGUCUGUCCUCUGCAGCUAGUGACAUCAUUGUUCAAAACAAACAUUUUAUACCAUGCAGUAAGUUACCCAGAUUGCAUACUUGGAGAAUGGCAGAAAUGUUGCCUAAACACUUUGAAGAAUGACAUCACUCGGUGGCUCUUUGCUGUGGCAUUUAUUUGAAAGCUUGGGGGGGAGGGGGUGUCCCCUAAUGGUGUAAAUUGAAGAGUUAAGACCACUGGGGCACCUGUCUACUUCACACAAAUGCUCUGCAUCUUCAAAGUUUCAGAGUAAUACAGAAAAUGCCUGAGGCAAGCUUCCUGUUGGCCCAGUGGGCAUCAAAGCUGUGGUUUGGUUCCAGCUUUCCUUAGGAGAGGAAAACGUCUCAAGAGGGGAAACAUUUAUGAUGACGAGAGUAACCUGCGUUGUAGGUGAAUAUGUGCUGUUGAUGUAUCAGUGACUAAGACUGAUGAUUUUAAAGGAUGUUUUAUGUGCUCUAUUUAUUAUUAGCAUAGGCAAUGUGUUAAUGUAAAAAUAGGCUUAGUGUAAAUGUUAGUAAAAAUGAAUGCUUACCUUCUGUUUGGGUUUCACAUCUAAACCUCUUUUCUUUAAGCAUGCUUCCAAUAUGUGUAAUAAAACAUUGUAGCACAAGGUGUUUUUUAACUUUCACGAGGCCUUUCUCUUGACAAGUGCCAGAAUUUGUUUUUGUACUUGAUGUUUUGUAUUUAUACAUAUUUAAUUUUAUCUUUUUAUUUUGUGUGGAAUUCUAAUAUCAUUAUAAAAGUAUAUUUAUUUUUAUACUUUAUUUCAUUUUCAUUCGUCUUGCUUUUUACUUAAAAACAUACUGCACAAUAAACUUUAA